AUACUUGAAUAUUAUGUGCAGAGAAGCUGCAAACUUGUCCAGGCAAACAAACAUGGAUGCAUCUUCUAUGCACAUAGCAAUGUUUCCAUGGUUUGCCAUGGGACACCUAACUCCAUAUCUUCACCUCUCAAACAAAUUAGCAAAGAGGGGACACAGAAUCUCCUUCUUCAUCCCCAAAAGAACGCAACACAAGUUAGAGCAAUUCAACCUGUUCCCACAUCUCAUCACCUUUUACCCUAUCAAUGUUCCUCAUGUUGAAGGCCUUCCCCAUGGCGCAGAAACCACUUCUGAUGUCUCUUUCUCUUUAGGUCCACUCAUUAUGACAGCCAUGGAUCGCACUGAGAAAGACAUAGAGCUUCUUCUCAUUGAGUUAAAGCCACAAAUUGUUUUCUUUGACUUCACAUAUUGGCUACCAAACUUGACUCGUCGCUUGGGAAUCAAAUCUUUUCAAUACAUGAUUGUUAGCCCAGCAACAGUAGCUUACAAUGCAUCCCCACCAAGGAUGCAAAACAGUGUUAACUUAACUGAAGUUGAUCUUAUGCAACCCCCUCUUGGGUACCCUGUCUCAUCCAUCAAGCUUCAUGCACAUGAAGCUAAGUUUCUUGCUUCUAAGAGGAAUUGGGAGUUUGGUAGUGGUGUUCUCUUUUAUGACCGUCUUUACGGCGGUUUAAGCCUAUCUGAUGCAAUUGGAUUCAAAGGUUGCAGGGAAAUUGAAGGGCCUUAUGUUGAUUACCUUGAAGAACAGUUUGGGAAGUCUGUUCUGCUUUCAGGACCUAUCAUACCUGAGCCACCCAACACUGUUUUAGAGGGAAGAUGGGGUUCAUGGCUUGAAAGGUUCAAGCCUGAUUCAGUUAUUUUCUGUGCUCUUGGUAGUGAAUGGAAAUUACCACAUGAUCAAUUCCAAGAAUUUCUGUUGGGUCUUGAACUCACUGGCCUUCCAUUUUUGGCUGUUUUAAAAACUCCUAUAGGGUUUGAGACACUUGAAGCUGCUCUCCCAGAAGGGUUCAAGGAAAGGGUUGAAGAGAGAGGAAUUGUCCACGGUGGAUGGAUACAGCAACAGUUGAUUUUGGAACACCCUUCAGUGGGUUGCUUCAUAACACAUUGUGGUGCUGGUUCAUUAACUGAGGCACUAGUGAAUAAGUGCCAAAUAGUGUUACUGCCACAGGUAGAUGGUGAUCAUAUAGUUAAUGCAAGGAUGAUGGGUGAAAACUUAAAGAUUGGGGUUGAAGUGGAGAAGGGUGAAGAAGAUGGCUGGUUCACGAAGGAGAGUGUAAGCAAAGCUGUGAAAAUUGUGAUGGAUGAUGAGAAUGAAGUUGGCAGAGAAGUGAGGACAAAUCAUGCAAAAUUGAGGAACUUCUUAGUAAGCCACAAUUUGGAGUCCGCAUGUGUUGAUGGAUUUUGUCAGAAGCUUCGAGAUUUACUCAAGUGAUUUUCAAGCUUUCUUAAACUACUAUUCCUUUGUAAACUGUCUCCAAUGUUGAACUACAUUUGAGUUUCUUAAUUCUUGUUUUGAUCAUGUGUUAUAUCAAUUUAAGAAUUUUACCAAGUUUAUGCA